GGCAUGUCAGUGAUGACAUACGUGGCAGAACUGCAGGCUCUGUGGGCUGACCAGGAUAACUGUGAUCCCCUGGAACUCUAUGACGCGGCUUCAAUCGAGUCAGGGCAUAAGUGGAUGGCACGCAGGCGUGUGCUGAAAUUUUUGGCUGGCCUCAAAGGUUGCUUUGAUGGCAGGAAGGCUUCCUUGUUGCACCAACCUAGUCUGCCUACCAUUCCCGAGGCUAUUGCAGCGAUGACUCAAGAGGAGGUGCGCCUAUCCCUUGAGCAUGCAGACGUGAAGGUUGUGCCAGCUUCGACAUUUGCAGUCACUGAGCGCAUGGAGUGGGGCGAUCCCACCAAAUGUCAUAUAUGUGGGGAGGUAGGUCACUCGAAGAGAGAAUGUCCAACUCGUGGCAGAGGCAGGGGAUAUAACAGAGGGGGAACAGGCAGAGGUAGAAGUGCUAGAGGCAGAGGUGGAUACUCAGAGACCUCAUGGGGCCAGGCUUCUAGAGGCAGAGGUGGCUACUCAGGACACUCAGGGGGUCAGAGGGCUCACAUGGCCGUUGCAGGAGACACUGGGACGUCCAAAGGCAAAGAUGUAGAUGAUGUUGUCUAUGGAGACUUUGCUCACUGGGCCUCCACUGAUGAAGGUGCGACAGACGAGCCAGACGGUUGGGACUGGCACCAGGCGUAGGGGGCUCUGGUACAUGGACUAGGAGGUGCAGCCGGACUUGGUGUGUGCUGCGACCAUGGAGGAUAAGGAGAAGCAGGCGAUGAUCCAUCACUGUAGGAUGGGGCAUGUAUCUUUUGAUAAGAUGAGUAGAAUAUUUCCGGAUGUUAUGUGUGGAAUAGGCAAAGGCAAGCUGACAUGUGAUGCUUGUGAAUAUGCAAAACACACAUGGGCCUCAUAUGUGAG